AUGGCAAAGUCCGCAUAUGAUCUAACUACAACCCGCAAACAUUUGAACAUGAGUGAGAUUCCACGAAAGCCUGACGGUGUGAAACUGAGAGUUCUCUGCCUGCAUGGAAUUGGGACAAACUGUGAGAUAUUCGAGGCCCAAACCGCGGCGUUGCGAUAUCAACUGCGCCACGCAUUCAACUUCGAAUUCAUCGGCGGAGAACAUCCAUGGCCAGCUGCUCGUGGAAUUGCAGAGGUCUUUGGGCGGGAUGAAGUUUGCUAUUCUUAUUUUGAUGGAACACCAUCAGGAGCACUGUCAGCCGUGGAAGACCUUGCAGACUAUGUGGCUGAGAACGGGCCAUUUGAUGCUAUCAUGGGGUUCUCCUUGGGGGCUACGCUAUCAGUAAUGUUCCUAUUCAACUGGAGCAAGCUUGGGUUCGUGGAGUCGCCAUUCAAAUUCGCAAUUUUACUCUCCAGUUGUUUGCCAUGUGACUGGGAUGCACUUCAGAUGAGAAGAUUAGAAUUCAUGGACCCAACACAGGUUACUGCCCCCAUCAAGGUCCCUACCAUCCAUUGUUGGAGUCCCCAAGAUACGGAGUAUCCGGGCGAAAGUCGGCUCGUAAUGGAAAUGUGUGACGCUUCAAAUCGUGUGAACCUGCAGCACUCAGCCGGACAUAACCCGCCAACUCAGCCUGGUGAGGUUGAUAAACUAGCACAAGUGAUUCUCGAUGUGUCAAAAAUCACUACUCAGCCUCAGUGA